ACCUCAACAUAACUAACAGCACGGACGAUGACAAAAGCCAGUAGUGUUCGAAGUAACGUAGUUAUUACGUUUGAUUAAAUAUUCAAGAACGAAAAAAAAAAAAAAAUAGUAAUCAUGUUACGGUUAUUAAAAAAAGUUCAAUUAUCACGAUAUUUUUCUACAGCUACUAUACCGGAGCCAGAAAGAAACCCAGCAAUCCUUUAUACAGGAAUUUUUAUUAACAACGAAUGGCAUCGAUCAACGUCAGGAAAAACAUUUCCCACGAUAAAUCCUACAACCGGUGAAACGAUUGCGGAAAUACAAGAAGGCGAUGCUGUAGAUAUCGAUUUAGCAGUAAAAGCAGCUAAUAAAGCUUUUCAAUUAGGAUCACCAUGGAGAACUAUGGAUGCUUCUCAACGAGGUGUACUAUUAAACAAUUUAGCUUCCUUGAUGAAACGUAAUCAAGCUUAUCUUGCGGCUUUGGAAACAUUGGACAAUGGAAAACCUUAUUCAGCGGCGUAUGAAUUCGACGUACCUAGCAGUAUAGCCACAUUGCAAUAUUAUGCAGGAUGGGCUGAUAAAAAUCACGGACAAGUUAUUCCUAUUGAUGGAAAAUAUUUAGCUUAUACUCGUCAUGAACCAGUUGGUGUUUGCGGACAAAUUAUUCCGUGGAAUUUUCCUAUCUUAAUGAUGGCUUGGAAAUUAGGACCUGCUUUAGCUACUGGAAACGUCAUAGUAUUGAAACCUGCUGAGCAAACAUCUUUAACAGCUUUAUAUGUAGCUCAAUUAUGUAAAGAUGCUGGUUUUCCUCCUGGAGUAGUUAAUGUUGUUCCUGGUUUUGGUAAAACCGGUGCAGCACUAGUCGCUCAUAAUUUAGUCGACAAAAUAGCAUUUACUGGUUCGACUGAAGUUGGAAAAUUGAUAAAACAAGGUGCUGCGAUGACUAAUUUGAAAAGGACUACAUUAGAACUUGGUGGAAAAUCUCCGAACAUAAUUUUAUCAGAUGUUGAUCUUGAUCAUGCUGUAGAAACAGCUCAUUUCGGAUUAUUUUAUAAUAUGGGUCAGUGUUGCUGUGCCGGUUCAAGAACUUUCGUCGAAGAUAGUAUUUAUGAUGAAUUUGUGCAGCGAAGUGCAGCACGUGCUAAAUCUAGGGUCGUCGGCAAUCCAUUUGAUUCAAAUGUAGAACAAGGUCCACAGAUCGAUGAAGAACAAGUAAAUAAAAUUAUGUCCAUGAUUGAAUCAGGCAAGACUCAAGGAGCAAAAUUAGUUUCUGGUGGUACAAGGAUUGGUGAUAAAGGCUAUUUUGUUGCACCUACAGUAUUUGCCAAUGUUAAAGAUCAUAUGACAAUUGCUAAAGAAGAAAUUUUUGGACCAGUUCAACAAAUUCUAAAAUUUAGCAGUUUAAAUGAAGUUAUUAAGCGUGCUAACAAUACUGAUUACGGAUUAGCAGCAGCAGUAUUUACGAAAGAUAUCGAUAAAGCAAAUUAUAUUGUACAAGGACUUCGAGCUGGUACUGUAUGGGUAAAUACGUACAAUGUCCUCACACCUCAAGUACCAUUUGGUGGUUUUAAGAUGUCAGGACAUGGAAGAGAACUCGGACAAUAUGGUCUCGAAGCAUAUACUGAAGUCAAAAGCGUUAUAGUUAAGCUUAAUCAAAAAAAUAGUUAGAAUUCGAUUAAAAUUUAUUUU